AUGGCUCAAGCGCAACAGCAGCUGAGCCACAAAGAUGGUGCUUUAUUCCGGCAGGUCGUCCGCCACUUUGAAAAUAAGCAGUACAAAAAGGGUCUGAAAGCGGCAGAACAAAUCCUCCGAAAGAACCCAAACCAUGCAGACACCCAAGCUAUGAAAGCCCUGAUAAUCGGGUCUCAAGGCCAGACAGAGGAAGCUUUUGCUUUGGCCAAAAUCGCCCUGAAUAAUAACAUGAAAUCUCACGUCUGCUGGCAUGUCUAUGGGCUCCUUUAUCGCAGUGAGAAGAACUAUGAGGAAGCCAUCAAAGCCUACAAGUUUGCCUUGAGGCUAGAACCCGAUUCGGCCCCCAUACAGCGAGAUCUGGCGCAUCUUCAAAUACAAAUGCGAGACUACGAAGGAUACAUCCAAAGUCGGAGAAAUAUGCUACAACAGCGAUCAAGCAUCAGGCAGAAUUGGACUGCUCUUGCUAUCGCCCACCAUCUCGCUGGAAAUUACGAGGAUGCGGAAAAUGUGCUCACCACUUAUGAGGAGACAAUGAAGACGAAACCUAGCAGGUCGGAUAUCGAGCAUUGGGAAGCCGUUCUGUACAAGAACUAUAUCAUUGCCGAAUCAGGCGACAUCCAGAAGGCACUAGAUCACCUCGAGGCAGUGGGCAAGAAAAGCCCGGAUGUACAAGCGGUCAUGGAAAUGAGAGCCGACUAUCUGGCUCGACUUGGUCGAAACUCAGAGGCCGAGGCAGCCUACGCCGCUCUUUUGGAGCGCAAUCCUGAUGACUCGGCUUAUUACGAUGGCUUUAUUGAGUCGAAAGGACUGAAGGACGGCCCCUUGUCAGAGAUCCAGAAGGCAUAUCAGGAACUGGCAGACAGAUUCCCCAAAGCAGAUAUGCCGAGGCGGAGACCGCUAGAUGUGCUCUCAGGGGAUGAUUUCCAGCAAGCUGCAGAUGCCUAUUUACAGAGAAUGCUACGGAAAGGUAUCCCUUCUACAUUUGCCAACAUCAAGCACUUGUAUACAGACGAAUCAAAGCGCGACAUUGUCCAAGAACUGGCCGAGGGCUACGCUGCGGGAAACUUGGGUUCGCAGACCAAUGGAGCCGCUGAAAACGGUGAAAGCAAGGAGGAAUCACGCUUCAAAUCCUCGGUCUUCUAUUUCCUCGCGCAGCACUACAACUACAAGCUGAGUCGCAACCUCGAGAAGGCCUUGGACUAUGCCGACAAGUGUAUCGAACUUGAACCCAAGUCGGUCGACUUCCAUGCGGUCAAGGCACGGGCCUACAAACAUAAGGGUGACUCGGUCAAAGCAGCCGAGCUUAUGGAUCAAGCUCGAUCCUUGGAUGAGAAGGAUCGGGCCAUCAACACCAAGUGCACGAAAUAUCAGUUGCGAGCGGAUCUGAACGAUAAGGCGCUUGAGACCGCCAGCAAAUUCACCCAAAAUAAGACCGGUGGCCCCUUGAGCGAUCUGGUCGACAUGCAAAGCGUCUGGUAUCUGACAGAAGACGGGCAGUCAUACCUUCGUCAGAGGAAACUUGGUCUUGCCCUCAAACGCUUUCAUCAGAUCCUCGCCAUAUUCGACACCUGGCAGGAGGAUCAGUUCGACUUUCACAACUUCUCACUGCGCAAAGGUAUGAUCCGAGCAUACGUCGACAUGCUACGAUGGGAGGACCGACUUCGCGAACACCCCUUUUUCUCAAACAUGGCUGUCUCCGCGGUUAAAGCGUACAUUCUUCUCUUCGACAACCCGGAUCUGGUUCACGGCCCUAUUCCGGACAGCAUCAAUGGCGUAAGCAAAUCCGGCGAAACGAGCGCUGCGGAUCGGAAGAAGGCGUUGAAGAAGGCCAAGCGGGAGCAAGAGAAGAUGGAAAAGAUCGAGGCAGAGAAGAAAGCAGCCUUGAAGGCCGCCAAAUCUGCGCCGAAAAGCGAAGAUGUUGACAAUAAGAAGGAAGAUCCCGAUCCGUUUGGCAAGACUCUCGUGGAGACGAAAGACCCGCUCAAGGAGGCCAUGAAGUUCCUCGGCCCCUUGCUGGAGCUUUCUCCCCAACUUGUCGAAGCCCAGUGUGUGGGCUUUGAAUUAUAUGUACGGCGCAAGAAAUACUUGCUCGCUACGAAAUGUCUCCUUGCCAUCAACGCCCUGGACUCCAAGCACGAGCGGUUACCCCAGUACCGGCAGCAGCUGAAACAAGUACUCGCAGACAAGCCGGCCGACCUGUCUGACCAGGUCGCAGACAUCAUCAAGAACGAGGCAGGCGACUUGGUUCUGUAG